CCCCCACACACUAUCGAACAUGUUGGUCGAGCAGUUGGGAACCCAACGUCUUGUCGAACAUAUUCGAGAGUGUGUGGGCUCCAACCCAACAUGCGCGAUGGUUUUGUUGGGUUGGAUGCUGGGUACGACAGCACCACCCAACUCCAACCGCGCGCCUGUCAUGUUGGGCUGUGUGUGGGGGAACUGUCGAGCGGCUCGACUGGCUAGACCUCAGUUUCCCUAGUGCAGUGGCGUAGUACUAGAUUUGUUAUUUGUUUUUUCGGAGCGAGGCCAGUUUCAUAAUGUCGUUUAACGAUAAUAAACCAUUUUGGUGUGAGUUUAUUGAACUUUAUAGGGAGCAACGAGCUUUAUGGGACAUAAAAAGUAAAAAUUAUUCCAACAAAAAUAUCAGAAAAGAAGGAUAUUCCGUUCUCGUUGAAAAAUGCAAGGAAGUUAAUCCGGAUUGCGACGAGAAAUUUGUCAAAUCCAAAAUCGAAACCUUGAGGGCAUCGUUCCGAAGAGAGCUGAAAAAGGUUGAAAAAUCAAAGAUUACCGGAAGUGGUCAGGAUGAUGUGUAUGAACCAUCUCUUUGGUAUUUUGAUUUACUGCUUUUCAUAACAGACCAAGAGGUAGUCAGGAAAGGUGUAUCUUCGAUCGGCAAAAGAUCCAGAAGUAUUGCGUCCCUUGAAGAAGAUGAAGAAGGAGUGGACGACGUGGAAGCGGAAACGCAGGACGAAAUAACCAAAGCUCAAGAUGACGCAUCUACAGGGAUACACGCUGAUAUACGCCCAUCACCAUCAAGUACACCAGUAAGUCGCCCAUCAGUAUCAAGUAGGUCUAACCCAGGAUCAACUACUCGAACAAACCGAAAAAAGAUAUCUGAUUUUGAAAAGAAACAAGAACGAUUUUUGGAUACAGCUACGUCUGUCCUAUGUAAUCAGAAUAAGUUCCGGGCUUUUGGAAACAACGUGGGCUUCCAACUGGAAGAUAUGGACCGUCAACAACAAGUAAUUGCAGAAAAGCUUAUAUCUGAUGUUUUGUUCCACGGUAAGUUAGGCAGUUUGAAAGCAUCUGCGGCCAUAUUGACAGAACAACAGCCAACCCAACGGAAUAUACCAUCACUUAACCAUUUUAUGGACACUAAUCAAAACAACAAUCCAUAUCCGUAUAGGCCGGCUGACGCUGAAUAUUUCUUACAAGAUCAAAAUUAUCAACAUCAGACAUUCAGUUUUGACCCAUAUUAUGUGCAAAGCCAAAUCAACCCUACUCAACAUCAGGUACAACGACAACAUCUACAACAACAAGUACAGCAAAAACAUGUACAGCAACAAAAAGUAGAUAUUUCACCUCAAACUGUACGUUGUCCUAAGAAUUUUUCUUUACCAGAACCUGCUCAAAGUCAAACGACAGCAACUAAACCUACCGCAGGUCAAGCACUAGCGAUUCAAGAAAAAACUGCUCAACAAGAAGUUCGGAAUGAACUCAAACAGUAUUUGAAUCUACCCGGUGUCAGCGAGGACAAUGUAUAAUAAGUUGCUUUUUCAUCUUUGUUUGUUCGUUUUGUUUUUUACAUUG